CCGUGUUAGGUCACGGGGGCCUUGGCCGGGGUUGUCCUUUGCUCUCGCACGUGUCUGCUAGGUCUCUCGGGAUGCUGCCUCUGCUGCGCUGUGUUCCCCGAGCCCUGGGCGCCGCCGUCGCCGGCCUCCGCACCGUUACGCCCGCCCUUCCUCUCCGGCAACUGCUGCAGCCGGCGCCGCGGCCGUGCGUCCGGCCCUUCGGACUGCUCUGCGUGCGAGCCGGGUCGGAGCGGCGGCCGGGCCUCCUGCAGCCUCCCGCGCCCUGCGGCUGCGGCUGCGGCUGCGGCGCGCUGCACACGGAAGGAGACAAAGCUUUUGUAGAAUUCCUGACGGAUGAAAUCAAGGAAGAAAAGAAAAUCCAGAAGCAUAAGUCCCUUCCCAAGAUGUCUGGUGGUUGGGACCUGGAAGUGAACGGGACAGAAGCUAAAUUAGUGCGGAAAGUUGCUGGGGAAAAGAUUACUGUCACUUUCAACAUUAACAAUAGCAUCCCACCAACAUUUGAUGGUGAGGAAGAGCCCUCACAAGGGCAGAAGGCUGAAGAACAGGAGCCUGAACUGACAUCCACUCCGAAUUUUGUGGUUGAAGUUACAAAGAGUGAUGGCAAGAAAGCUCUUGUACUAGAUUGUCACUAUCCAGAGGAUGAGAUUGGACAAGAAGAGGAAGCCGAGAGUGACAUUUUCUCUAUUAAGGAAGUCAGCUUUCAGGCCACUGGCGAGUCAGAAUGGAAAGACACUAACUACACACUGAACACAGAUUCCCUGGACUGGGCCUUGUAUGACCACCUAAUGGAUUUCCUUGCGGACCGAGGGGUGGACAACACUUUUGCAGAUGAGUUGGUGGAACUCAGCACAGCCCUGGAGCACCAGGAGUACAUUAGUUUUCUUGAAGACCUCAAAAGUUUCGUCAAGAGCCAGUAGAGCAAUCAGAGACACUUGAAGGCCUUAAUAUUAUGAUGAGCUUUGACCAGUGAACAAAAACUACCCUGACACCAGACUAUGUGCUUUGAAGUGGUUAUAAUCCUAACAUCAUGGGGGAAAAAUAAGCAAAUUUAAAUUAUUGCUAUCAUGCUCUCAUUUACUAUUCAUUUGGUAGUUUUCCUGUACAAACUAUUAUUUCUAGAUUUUUGUAUAACAUAAUGAUGGACAAUAAAAUUCUUUGAUCUCCUCCAA